CUGGGUGGGUCGGCAGGGACGUUUCCGAGGAGUCGCUCUGGGGACGGACGACCGUGCCGGGCGUGAGACAGAAGGGAUUGAUUGGGACCGUCGGGCUCCGACCCCGAUUGCCACGCAGCUACUAAGUGAUGAGAGUCGACAGAAGGUGUUUCUGCGAGCGUGAGAAAGAGACAGCUUCCUCUUCGUUGACACUUGCCCACACCAGCCGAGUUUUGUAACUGAAGGAAGCAACCCAUGUUUGGUUCUGGUUUCUCUUAGUUUAUUGCAUAAGAACACACCACAUGUCACAUCUUUUCUUCAGUGUAAAUUACUUCACACCACGUUGUCAAGGAAAGGACUAGAAGAAUUUUUUGAUGACCCGAAGAAUUGGGGAGAAGAAAAGGUCAAAUCUGGAGCUUCGUGGACCUGCCAGCAGCUAAGGAACAAAAGUAAUGAAGACUUACAUAAACUUUGGUAUGUCCUUCUGAAGGAAAGAAACAUGCUUCUAACUCUAGAGCAGGAGGCCAAGCGACAGAGAUUGCCAAUGCCAAGUCCAGAGCGGUUGGAAAAGGUUGUUGAUUCCAUGGAUGCCUUAGAUAAGGUUGUUCAGGAGAGGGAAGAUGCUCUAAGGCUUCUUCAAACCGGACAAGAAAAGGCAAGACCUGGUGCUUGGAGAAGGGACAUCUUCGGACAAAUUUUCUGGCACAAAUUCAAGCAGUGGCCUAUACCUUGGUACCUAAAUAAAAAACACAACAGGAAACGGUUCUUCACGAUGCCUUAUGUGGAUCGCUUUAUCAGACUGAGAGUUGAGAAACAAGCUCGAAUUGAAGCAAGAAAGAAAAGCUUACAGAGAAAGAAAGAAAGAAUUCUGCAGGCAAAGUUCCCACAUCUAUCUGAAGACCGGAAGUCAAGUACUGUCUAGGAUGACAUCAGAAGUGCGGUUCUGGUCUUGCAGUCUGGGUCCUGAUGUGAAUGUCUGUUAAGCAGUUUAUUAAAGAAAUGCUCUUGUUCAAAUGA